CCAUAUUAACCCUGUUGAAAUGGGCGGUGAUAUACUUCUCCCUGUUGGUGGAAGUGGGGUAGUGCUCAUGAACAAUGUGCCUCUGUUGCUAGGUUUUGUGAAAACAUUCCACCGGAGAAACAGUGGAACUGUUUUAGAUGCUUAAAUCUAACAACAAUUUCAAUCGGGAUUGUGAACCAUGUAUAGUUUCGGUCAACAACACAGACUUUUAUUGUGAAGAGCAGUUUAUUCAGUCGGUCUAUCCUCCGCAUGACUGCGAGAUCGAUAAAUUGCAGCUUGGCAUGCUAUACCUAAGCUAACAUGGGGGCCCUUUUCCUCUAACAGGAGCAAUGCCGAACUACCCCCGUCACUUUGCCGAGAGCUGAGCAGGUGACAAGGCCGAUGAUGGUGCACCAGUGACGGGCAGGGGAAGGGCGAGGUCCAGCCUGCUGGGAGGAUGCAGCAUCCUGCUAGCCUACACUGAUGACUGGCUGUUUGCACACUUCAAUCUGUAGGGGGAGGCAUGAUGGCGGGCAAGGUGAAGUGGGUGACAGACAUUGAGAAGUCAGUGCUCAUCAACAACUUCGAGAAGAGGGACUGGGUUCAAGUGACAGAAAAUGAAGACUGGAAUUUUUACUGGAUGAGCAUCCAAACCAUCCGGAACGUCUUCAGCGUGGACACGGGCUACCGCCUGACCGACGAGCAGAUGGUCAACCACUUCCCCAACCACUACGAGCUGACCAGGAAGGACCUGAUGAUCAAGAACAUCAAGCGGUACCGCAAAGAGCUGGAAAAGGAAGGGAGCCCGCUAGCGGAGAAAGACGAGAACGGGAAAUACGUCCAUUUAGAUUUUGUCCCGGUGACGUUCAUGCUCCCUGCGGACUACAAUCUAUUUGUGGAGGAGUUCCGCAAGAACCCAUGCAGCACCUGGAUCAUGAAGCCCUGUGGGAAGGCGCAGGGAAAGGGCAUCUUCCUUAUCAACAAGCUAUCGCAGAUCAAAAAGUGGUCUCGGGACAGCCGCACGUCCUCGUUCAUGGCGGCCUCUAGUGGCAAGGAGGCCUACGUCAUCUCCCUUUACAUUGACAAUCCUCUCCUCAUCGGGGGAAAGAAGUUCGACCUGCGUCUCUAUGUCCUCGUCACCACAUAUCGGCCGCUCAAAUGCUACAUGUACAAGCUGGGGUUCUGCAGGUUCUGCACGGUGAAGUACACGCCGAGUACGAGCGAGCUGGACAACAUGUUUGUGCAUCUCACAAACGUGGCCAUCCAAAAACACGGCGACGACUACAACCACAUCCACGGCGGCAAGUGGACCGUCAGCAACCUGCGUCUCUACUUGGAGAGCACCAGAGGAAAGGAGGUGACCGGUCGCCUCUUUGAUCAGAUCCACUGGAUUGUGGUGCAGUCCUUGAAGGCUGUGGCCUCCGUGAUGAACAAUGACAAACAUUGCUUCGAAUGUUACGGUUACGACAUCAUUAUUGACGACAAGCUGAAGCCAUGGCUCAUCGAGGUGAACGCGUCCCCCUCGUUGACCUCCAGCACCGCCAACGACCGCAUCCUCAAGUACAACCUCAUCAACGACACGCUCAACGUCGUCACGCCCAACGGGGAGAUGCCUGACUACCGCUGGAAUCGCAGCCCACCGCGGGACGCCCUGGGCAACUAUCAAGUUCUGUAUGACGAGGAGCAGGCCCAGAGUGAGAGCGCCGACCUGCGGAGCCGCUCGGGUCAGUCGCUGGGCUCGAAGGGCUCCAAGGGCAACACAGGCAUCCGCCCCACUGCAGCCACCUGGAAGUGAGGCAAGACUACUGACUCUGACUCUGUAUCUGUCUCACAGAUACCUGUUGCGGAAAUAACAUUUUUGUCCGGAGUGUUGCCUUUUGUAUUUGUCAGCAUUGCUGUGGGAUUGUGCCUCAAUGGACGGACACUACCUUUCUACAUUCUGAACUCCGCUCCUGGAUACUCUAUACAUACUAUUAUGACUUGGUUGCCAUUUUUGCAUUUUCUUUUUUUUUGUAAGUCCAUAAAAUAACAGCAAAAUAAAUAAAUGUCAAGAAAACUUAGGGACAAAAAGUCACCAAGAAGCAUCAAUGGAUAUCUCACUUUUUUUGUAAGUUGGAUCAACUUGGGAGUGGAUGUCCUUAAAAUAAUAUUAAAAUAAAGAAGAUAUUUAAUGAAAUAAUACAUGUUGUGUCACUAGUAACGUAUCUGUCAACUUGGUUUCAUUACUUGUACAAAAAAAACCCACGAUUUUAAAGGAAAGUGCACUUUUACUUGGAAUUUUGCCCACCAUCCACAGUCCCUAUGUGAGACAUGAACACAUGUCUUGACGCCACUGCGCUGCUGUUAUUUUUUUUAACUAAGUGGAAUAAGUGUGUCCCCUUAUGUACAUCAAUUAGCUGCCUCUUUUUUAUGUCUUUAGAAGGCACAGAAAAGAGAAAUUGAGAUGUGUUUGUUCAUGUCAGGAUUGUGGAUGAGGGGCAAAAUUAAAAAGUGCACGUUUCCUUUUAAACAUCAAUUUUGCUGUUGGCCCUUCAAAGUGUGUAAACAACAACUUGUGAAUUCAGAGUGUAAUGAUGGGUGUGGUUAUUUAUUAUCUAGCCGUUCAUCAUGGGUGCCACACGCGUAGACCAACACC